AUGCCGCAUUCGGUCUCGCAAGACGACACCGAAGCAAUAUCCCUGGUGCGCGGCCCCGCAAAGCUGGACGGGUUUCUCAAAGCCUUGGUGCUAUUGGGCGUGGUGGGCACCGGAUUUUCAAUAUUCCAAAUGUCUAUUUAUUUGAAAAAGGGCAACAACGUAAAGCUCGAUUUGUGGCAAAAGAUGCGGUUGGUCGGCCAAGGCCUCACCAUCAGCACAAUCACAGCAGGCGUGUUUGGACCGAUGCUAUAUGACCAGGUUUUGCUUUACUCCAGCAUUCGACGCCAUGCUUUGGCCCAACCGCCGCUGCCAAAUAAAGUGCAGUAA